UAGAAUGUGUGUAUGAAAGGUCCAUAGAAUAGAGAUCUGCUGUAUGCUAUAUCUAUGAUGUCACUACUUAUUCUUGUUCAAGCACUGCUCACUAUAUGUGGUACCUUUUCAGGUCUACACGCGUUUCAGACCGAGAAACUGUUAGGAACGCUUCAACAUCAUACCCAACUCUUUCCACCACAUCUCUGCACUAGAGAUGGGAAUGCUGAUCAAGAUAAAGUUAUUCAGCUUAUCGUUUCACAAGCGUUUGAGAAGGCUGGUUCCUGCCUCUUGAAUUCUCUCACUGGAGAAUUACAAGGAUCCUCUUCUUCUCCGUCAGUAAACUCACUCGCCUUACUAGCUCACGUACUCAGGGAAUUGGGUCACGAUGAUGACUCGGAUGAUCUAUCUCGUCUCAUCAAGGAAAUUCCGCUGGUGUCGGCACAGAAGGUCGCGUUCGGCCGUUGGAUGUUCCUCGGACCAUUCCAGAUCGGCAAGGCAGAGACCGAUGGCGAUCCGGUGGAACGAUUCGGCAGUGUUCACACGGCCGGCCGCGACAGAUUCAACUCGAGCGUCAAGUACUUCUCGGAGUUGGCCGUGGCAGGUGAGGUCGCCUGGAGUGCGAUGCGAGCGAGCGGAGGCUGGUUGAACGUCGACCUGAGCGAGAACUGGAACGAGCUUGUCUCCUCGCUACAGUCCAUGGGCGUGACGGAGUGGCAGGGCUGGGCCGUCGGCAGCUUCGUCGUCGGCAGGCCGGGAGCGUUCGUCGUGCAGUGCCUCGGCGUCUCCUACUUCUACGUGGACGACGCGCUGCACGUCGGUGACGUGUACCGCUGCGCGCACCUGUGGUUCCCCGCGCGCCUCGACGCCGGCCUGCACACUGUCUACGCGAAGCUGCGCGCGAACCCGCACCUCGCCUUCCGCUGCGGCGUCGAGACUCGCGACCGAGGAUUCGUGCGGGCGCUUGACCCGCCGUUCGCGCCCGACCUGUACGACGGCGUGCUGGUGAGCGAGUACAUCGUCGUGCCCGUGCGCAACCUUCACCCGACCGAGUGGAUCGACGGCGUCGCGAUCACGGUCGAGGGAACGAGCGGAUUCGUCACGAAUGCCGUGAGCAGUUUCCGCGGGGAUCUGCGCGUCGCGCCCGGCCAGCACCGGCUCGUCAGCGCGCGCGUCGCGAGAACCUCCGCGGCGCCGCGCGGCGCACGGUGCGCCGACGUCACGCUCACGCUCGCCGUCGCGACCAACCUCGGCGGCGCCACCUGCCGAGCGACGCUGCGGUGCCGCGCGCGCUCCCAGUCGUUCGUGUUCACGUUCGCGGACCACGACGGCUCGACGCAGCACGCGGCGGCCGUCGCCCCGCUCGCUGACUGCGGCAUCGCGGCGUGCCCGACGCUGCUCACGCUGCACGGCACGUCCGUGAGCGCGCGCGACCAGGCCGACGCACACAAGCGUGGCGUCGGCGGCCGCUACGAGUUUGGCGUCGAGCGCGGCUGGGUGCUGGCGCCGACGCGGCACGGCGCGCACAACUGGGAAGGGCCCGGCAUGCUGACCGCCGUGACGGCGUUAAGCGCGCUCGCCGACCUCACGGCGCGACACGCGUGGAUUGAGCAGAAGGCGAGCGCUCAUCGAGUUGUGUUUGCAGGGCAUUCGAUGGGCGGGCAUGGGGCGUGGCAGGUGGCAACACAUUACACAGACAGGGCGCUGGCGGUCGUCUCCUUGGCAGGCUGGAUCCGGAAGGAGGACUACGGGGACAGCAACCUGUUCAUGCGUCACGACGUCGCCGCGGCCGACGUCGAUCCAUUCCUGAAGGCGAUCCUCGAGAGCUGCGUGACGACGUGUGACGCCGAGCGCCAUGCCGGCAACAUCCGUCACAAACCCGUGAUGAUACGCGUCGGUGGAAACGAUAGGACCGUGCAUCCGUACUACAGCAGGAGGAUGUACAGGGUGCUGAAGGAGCAAGGAACUAAUGUCACUUAUGUAGAGCUUCCCGGGAAGGAACACUGGUGGUGGGAUACUUGGGCGGAGAACGAUGGUGGAGUCGUGAACGACGCACAGCUUCGUCAGUUCAUGAGCUCAGUGAUGAUGACUGAUCCGCAGCAGAGCUGCACGGAUGCAGCUUGCAGUGAACCUUCAAGUAACAGGUACACUGAAGCAGCCAACAUGGGGAGGAGGUACGAGUUCACGUAUACAGUCACCAAUCCAGCAGAUUUUGAAAGCAUGGAAGGUGUCAAGAUCAUUCAACAAGAAACCCCCAUGAGGACUAGCAAACUGCGCGUGGCAGUGCAUGGCAAAAUGGUCAAUAUUACUACAAUAAAUGUGGCGAAAUUCCACAUCGAGCGUGGCACCCGUCCUAUGUGGGAUGGCAUAGAGAAACUCUAUCUAGACGGCAUCAGGCUUGAUGUCGUCGAUGCAGACGAUGAAGACAUAUGCUAUCAGCAUGGGCAGGAUCAUACCUGGGAAUCCUGCAUCUACGAAAUCCCACCUGGUGGUACAACAUCAGAGCCUUCUAGUGAGAAUGCAGCCGAAUCUGACACCGACGCCGCUAACACGCCCACUAGCGGUAAACUGACGACUGUAAAUCGGGAGUGGCAGCAGUACGGACCAGCGCGGCGGGUAGCCGAGAAGCGGUUCAUCAUCGUUGCGGGAACCGGGGGCACGAGUGGCCCCCUCCUGCUGCGGUACGCCGUCCUGCUCGCCAAUCUCUUCUACAUGACGUCGGACGGCGUCGCCGUGGUCGUGCGAGACGUCGACCUCUCCUCGGUGGACGCGGACGACGCGAACCUCGUCGUCGUUGGCGGCCCGCACGAGAACGCGCACGCCGCGAGGCUGCUCGCCGCGCUCCCGCAGCUCGUCGUCGCGCCGGGAUCGAUCCGGCUCGCCGCAUGCAGCUUUGACGCGGCGAGAACGGGCGUCCUGACGCUGGCGCCAGGCGGGAGGCACGGGCUCGCGCUCGUGCUCGCGGGGAACUCUCCCGCGGGACUAGAGGACGUUGUCAAGCUGGCGAUGCCGACCAUUCCGCCGAUGGCCAGGUCGCCGUUCAGCAACCAGGUGCCGGACUUUGUCGUCACGGGACCGGAGACGGCGGCCAGGGGACCCGGAGGCUUCCUGUGUGCCGGGUUUUGGGGCAAUGCAUGGGAAUAUAGAACCGAUACUGCAUACUGUAACUGCUGAAUCGGUCAGGCGAUGUGUGAACUUCACUAAAUGAGUCUGGAUAGCUAUGCAAUAAUGUCAUCAGGAGUGAUUGAUUUUAUUCACUACUGAUAUCAGUAAUAGGAGUGUAUUGCUGAAGUGCUACCCACGCCAGGUGUUAGUGCAAAGUAUAGUGUAUAUAUAUACUGUAAUUGUGUGCCAUACACUAUAUUUUCCUUCGUCAGGUAAUGUCAUUCAGAUAUUGAGUAAAAACAUAUAAAAUUAAUCUUCUCUGUCCACUGACUUGGGAUAAUAUGAGAAGUGUAUGUCAUUGAUCCAUUCAGAUACAGGGACAUUGGAAUAUGUUAUGACAUAAUAUGUAUAUAUGGAGAUGUAAAUACGUUUUAUAUAUAUAUAUAUAUAUAUAUAUAUAUAUAUAUAUAUAUAUAUAUAUAUAUAUAUAUUCAGACAGUAGCUAAUGAUGAUCAAUUCUAUGUCAAGGAUUUAGUUAUAGUACCAUGUGUGCAUAAAAGUGUAGGAAUAUCAUGCCCUGUGGAUGAUUAUCUAUAUAUGCAGGAUAUACAUGGGGUAAUAGGUGCUGACGUUUUUUGUCAUUUUUUGUCUUCCCAUUGGCUGAUAAAUGGCACCCUCACAAUGGAUCCACAUGUCUGAAAUACACACAUUCCUAAUUGCUUUUGUGCAUAUAAACCAAUAUUUCAGGUAAUUAUAUUCCACAUACCAAUGGAUUGUUGCGAGUACAGUGUUUACCCAGUCUUGAGCAUAAUUCUACCACCAAAUUAUUCCUCAUUUACCAUGUUUCCUUUUUUAGAAAUAAUAAAUAAUUUUAAUAACGUAAA